CAACACAGCAGUUUCGUCCAAUCCCAAGGCCCACUUGUCGCCUCUCCGCACCCCAUUCCCCAGCCUUCCUCCACCGCGAUUCAGCGCCUCCGCGGUCGUCGGCGCCCAGCUUUCCCUUCAAGUCGGCAGUCCGCGCACAUUCCACGCGCACGCAUCUGAGCCGUCGUCGUCAGUCGAGUCGAGGGUCGCUACGGCCGAAGGGGGUGCCGUGAGGCGCGCCGUCGGCCUACUGCAGCACCGCAGCACGCCGCCGCGCAGGCAGGCGCGGGCGCUGGCGGUGGCGAGGUGCAGGCGCACGGCCCGACGCAGCGAGACGCGGCGAGCGGUGGAGCGGCGGGGUGGGCUUGACUGAGCGAACUGGGAGGAGCGGAGGCGAGGAGAAGGGGGGAGGGAGCGAAGGAAGGGUGGUGCGGGCGAAGAUACGAGGGCCGCGGAGAAGCAGAGGGUCGCAGAGGGUCGCAGAGGGUCGCAGAGGGUCGGGGAUGUUCAGAUCGAGGAAGAACGACGAUGUGAGCCGGUUGACCCGGCAGCAGAAAGAGCGAGUGAAGCAGUUUGUGGGCUCCACUGGGGCAAGUGAGCGCGAUGCGCUGGCGGCGCUGCAGGGCAGCGAGUGGGAGGUGGCGGCAGCGCUGGCGCGCUACCAAGGGGGCACAGCCACGGCCGCCAGGGGGGGAGGGGGAGGCUUCCUGGCAGCGCUGACGGGCCAUGGGCGCCUGCACUACCACCACCAGCACCAGGGCGGGCAGGCGGUGCCGCCACAGCAGCCUCCAGUGGACCCCAUCCAAGAGCUCUUCCUGCGCUAUAAAGACCCAGACUCCGAUAUGAUUCUGGCGGACGGCAUCUCCCAGCUGUGUGAAGACCUGCAGGUGGAGCCACAAGACAUUGUGAUGCUGGUGCUGUCCUGGCAUCUCAACGCCGCCACCAUGUGCGAGUACUCCCGCCACGAGUUCACCUCCGGCCUUCGCUCCCUGCGAGUGACGUCGGUGGACGCGCUGAAGGCGCUGCUGCCAUCGUUCCGCCGCGAGCUGCAGGACGAGAAUGUGUUUCGCCAAAUAUACAACUUUGCGUUCGCAUGGGCCAAGGAAAAGGGGCAGAAGUGUUUGGCGCUGGACACGGCGGUGGGCAUGUGGCAGCUGCUGCUGGGCUACCGCAGCUGGCCGCAUGUGGACCACUGGUGCGACUUUGUCAGGGUGCAGCACAACAAGGCCAUUUCCAAGGACACCUGGUCGCAGCUCUUCGAAUUCUCCCGGCUGACCCAGGGGCAGCUGGAGCAGUACGACGAGGGCGGCGCGUGGCCGUACCUCAUCGAUGAGUUCGUCGACAGCCUCCGCGCCGCUGGCUCCCUGCCGCCCGCCUGACUCCUCACACACACUCCCUGCCUCCUGCCCGAGGGCUUGGGAGACCCACUCAUGUGCACACAGCUGGUACCACUGUGCACCCUGGUUGAAGCGCGAAGCAGCAGCUAGGCUGUUGUACAACUCA